CGAUUGCCCGAGGCGCGAGGAUGCGCUCCCUGAGGACUCUCCUGAGAGCGCUGCAUGGGUCCCCUGGGGGAAGAGGAUGGGGUCCCCUGGCCCGGGGUCCCUGGGUCGUUGGGAAUGGUCGCCGCCAUCUGCAUGAAGCCGCCGCGGCGCAAGGCACGGACAUGAUGAGUAUCCACCAGCCACAGCAUCAAAAGGAACAUGAUUCAUCAGAGAGUGGCAUGCUGUCCCGCCUGGGUGACCUGCUCUUCUACACCAUUGCUGAGGGACAAGAAAGGAUCGCCAUCCAUAAGUUCACCACUGCGCUGAGAGCCACCGGGCUGCAGACAUCAGAUCCCAGGCUUCGGGACUGUAUGAGCCAGAUGCGACGGAUGGUUCGAGAAUCUAGCAGUGGGGGUCUCUUAGACCGUGAUCUCUUUAGGAAGUGUGUGAGCAGCAACAUUGUGCUGCUUACGCAAGCAUUCCGAAAGAAGUUUGUUAUUCCUGACUUCGAGGAGUUCAAGGACCAUGUGGAUCGAAUCUUUGAGGAGACCAAAGAACGUACAGGAGGCAAGGUGGCAGCCUACAUUCCCCAGCUAGCCAAAUCGGAUCCUGAUCUCUGGGGUGUCUCACUAUGUACUGUGGACGGGCAAAGGCACUCAGUAGGACACACUAAGAUUCCCUUCUGUCUACAGUCCUGUGUGAAGCCCCUCACUUACGCCAUAUCUGUCAGCAACCUGGGCACUGAGUAUGUGCAUAAAUAUGUGGGCAAAGAGCCUAGUGGUCUACGUUACAACAAGCUUUCCCUCAAUGAGGAAGGAAUCCCUCAUAACCCAAUGGUAAAUGCUGGUGCCAUUGUUGUGAGUUCCCUGAUAAAGAUGGACUGCAAUAAAGCAGAGAAGUUUGAUUUUGUAUUGCAAUAUCUGAACAAAAUGGCAGGAAAUGAAUAUAUGGGUUUCAGCAAUGCUACGUUCCAAUCAGAAAAAGAAACCGGGGAUCGAAAUUAUGCCAUUGGCUAUUAUCUCAAGGAGAAGAAGUGUUUUCCUAAGGGAGUUGACAUGAUGGCUGCAUUGGACCUCUACUUCCAGCUAUGCUCAGUGGAGGUGACAUGUGAAUCAGGCAGUGUCAUGGCAGCCACACUUGCCAACGGUGGAAUCUGCCCUAUCACAGGCGAGAGUGUGCUCACUGCUGAGGCUGUUCGCAACACCCUCAGCCUCAUGCAUUCCUGUGGCAUGUAUGAUUUCUCUGGACAAUUUGCCUUCCAUGUGGGCCUUCCAGCCAAGUCAGCUGUGUCAGGAGCCAUCCUGCUUGUGGUACCCAAUGUCAUGGGGUUGAUGUGCCUAUCACCUCCACUAGAUAAGGUGGGGAACAGCCACAGGGGCAUUAGCUUCUGCCAGAAGCUAGUAUCUCUCUUCAACUUCCAUAACUACGACAAUCUGCGGCACUGUGCUAAGAAACUGGAUCCGAGGCGGGAAGGAGGAGAAGUACGGAACAAGACUGUGGUGAACCUGCUUUUUGCUGCCUACAGUGGAGAUGUUUCAGCUCUUCGAAGGUUUGCCUUAUCAGCCAUGGACAUGGAACAGAAGGACUAUGACUCACGCACAGCUCUCCAUGUUGCUGCCGCAGAAGGACACCUAGAAGUUGUCAAGUUCCUAGUGGAAGCCUGCAAAGUAAAUCCUUUCGUGAAGGACAGGUGGGGCAACAUUCCCCUGGAUGAUGCUGUACAAUUCAACCAUCUAGAGGUGGUCAGGUUGCUUCGGGACUACCAGGAAUCCUACACUUUGUCUGAUCCUCGGGCUGAGGUAGCAGCUGAAGCCCUGUCUAAAGAAAAUCUGGAGAGCAUGGUGUAAAGGGGGCUGCCCCUUCCUUUAAACAAAUCAAAAGAAAUGAAGGCUACCUGGCUUCAGUGAUGGAAGAUGGGGAGUUGGUUUGCUGUCUCUAAGCCAGAGCCUCUUAGAAGAGUUUUCAUACCAUCCCCAGCCCCUCCACUCCCCCCAUGAGCCAGAUUCUCCCCCUUCUCCAUUACCUUUUCAGACAAAGCCCAAAGAAGGGUCCUAGUGGCCACUGCCAGUUUUCUAAUUGGGUUUUGGCCAGAAGGCUUGGGUUUCUUUUGCAUGGUGCAAGUAAGUACUUUGGUUCAAUUAGCAUCCCUAGAGGGUUUACCUAAGUUUUCUCUUAGAUACAGCCAGUUCUUGUUUCUUGGGGCUCUAAGUGAUCCACCUCUUCCCCCAUGUGUUAAUGAUGGGGAUGCCUAGUAGCCUCAUUUAAUUUGAGAAUCAUCUGUAUUCCGUUUCUUGUCUCUGACCCCAUCUGAAGAGACAUUAAAUAGGAGAGUGCACUGCUAAGGGCCCUGGGUUGCUACACCUCUUAUAAAUAAAUAUAUACAGAGGAGAAAUGGGGAAAGCUGAGGAGCCUGGUUUCAAGGAAGCUGAAACACUAUAGCUCCUUCAGCCAGGAUAUAAUGCUGCUAAUAGUUCUUUUGUAGACAGAGGAAGUAUUUUGUGAUCAAAUAAAAUUUUAAUUACA